GCGGACGCACAAGCACUGCUGCCUUUAAUCACAGACACCGCCCUCCUCCGCCAUUUCACGGAGCGUCACGAGUCAUCUCACACUCGCGCUGCCAUGCUCUGCACGUCGCUGCCAGAGCCGCGAGGCCUGCCUUUGGAGCAGCAGCACACGAGCCAGUGCCUUCAGGCCCUCGCCCAGGCCACCCGCGUUUUCCUUGAUAACACAGCCAUGCUGUUGUGCAAGCUGGAGAGUCAGUGUGAGAGCCACAGCAUGAGGUUGCUGGAGCUCAAGCGGUGCAUUCAGCCUGUAGCGGACGGAGUGAGGGUGCUUACGCCCAUUGUGAGAGGGGUGGACGAUGAAGGAUGGGGAUCCACAGAGGUUCUUGACAUGCUGCAUGCAGCGUCCACCCGACCAGAUGUGAGGGAGGCGGAGGGGCUUAUUCGUUUUGUGCUGCAAGCCACAUGCGCCCCCUACCUUCACCUUCUUUCCUCGUGGAUGCAAGAGGGGCGACUGGACGACGACAUUCACAGCGACUUCUUCAUUUCCGCAUGCACUGCUGCUUCCGCACAUGCGCACACAGCUACCACUGAUGCUGAUGCUGAAGCCACCAAUUCCGCCACGCCUGCCACGGGGCAAGGGGAAUGGCGGAGUGCAGAGGUGUGGGAAGGGGCGAAUGUGGAAGGGCAGCGGUUUGUAGUGCGGUGUGAUGCAGUGCCGGUGCUGUUUCAGCCGGUGGCUGACGAUGUCCUGGCCACGGGGCAGCUGGUGCAUGCGCUGAGGGAGCAUGGUUACUUGAAGCAGUUGAUCCCAUCAGAGGGGGAGGCACAACAGCCACAGAUGCAGCUGGGCAGUCUAGAGGAGAGCGUGGGUGCGCGCACACAGGCAGUGCAGCAGACGAUGAUAGACCUUACAUUGAACAAGAGCCACCUGCUCGCGCAUCUGCUCACCAUCCGACGAGUGCUGCUGCUAUCCCAGGCGGAUUUCCUGUCGGACUUCAUGGCACUGGCAGGCGAGGAGCUCUGCAAGCCGGCCAGCAGGGCGUCUCAAGCUCGCAUUGAUCUCUCACUAGGCGCCUCACUGCGCUCCUCCACAGCAGCCUCUGACCCGAAUUGUGACCGCCUCUCCGCACGCCUGGUCCUUGCCGAUCCACCCAGUCCCUCCAACUCAUCGCUCCAACAGCAGCCCUUACAACCUCUGCAAUCACAGUCGCCGCCCUUACAGAGCACACCAGCACAGCCACCACAGUCGCAGCUGCAGCAGUCACGGGAGAGCAUGGACGGUGCAGAUCUACUGAGCAGCCUCCAGGCUUACGAUCAAUACGAGGACCUGCUGGGGGACGAUGCAGAUAGUGACUCUGGCGCUGCUCAUGCUGCUGCUGGCGGUGGUGGCGGUGGUGGUGGUGAUGGGGAUGACAGGCAACUCUACAGCAACCCGCUGUCGCUGCUACCCAAGGCCACCCCUGUUGGCCCAGUCAGCCCUGCGGCUGUAUCGUCCUGGUCGCUUGUCUCUCGGGGCACUCCUGCAGCAUUGCAGGCAGCACAAGGUGGAGGGGGAAGAGGGGGUGAAGGGAGGGGAGCUGCUGGGCUGAGCGGUUGGGAGGCCAUAUAUAUCGACUACCAGGCCCCUUGGCCAGUAUCUGCGGUGGUGCCCCCAGCCGCCCUGCAGGGUUACAACCGCCUCUUCCGCUUCCUGCUCGCCGCCAGGCGAACCCACCUGCACCUCGCCUUCGCAUGGUCUGCCCUGCAGCUGACUCGCGGAUUGAAGGUGGAGGGGCCAAUGCUGCAGCGCGUGCACUGGCUGCGGCAUCGCAUGGCGUGUGCUGUCACUGCCAUCCUUGACCAUGUCGCACAUGCGGUGAUAUGCCCCAAUUUCGACCUUAUGACAUCCAGAUUGACCAAGGCUACCUCCUUCCACCAGCUUGUGCUGGAGCACCAAUCGUUUCUUGACACGUGUCUCUCAGAGGGGCUACUGGAUUCAUGCUUGCACAUUCGAGAGAAGCUAUCCUCUCUCCUUUCCAUCGCCCUUCGCUUCGCCACCACCGUCAGCACCACCAUCCACACAGCCUCCUCUCUCCCCGGCCUUGAUUCGUCGUCUUCAUCAUCAGCAGCAGGAGGAGGAGGAGGAGGAGGAGGAGGAUGGGGAGGAGGAGGAAGGGGGGGUUAUGCGGUGGAGGGUAGGACCAGUGGAGGCGAGCUGGCUGAUUACGCGUACGGCGAUGCCACGUCAGAUGCCACGGGACAGGCGGCCCGGGCGGCAUUCCGUCGACAGUUAGCGGCAGAGGAGCUACAGCGGGGUUUGGAGGAGGAAGGGUUUGUCGAAGAAAUGAGGGCCAUGCAUGCUGCUUUCGCGACCUCUCUCCGGGCUGCCUCUACUGCCAUCGCAUCUGCCCUCCGAGACCAUCCUGUGUUGCUCUCCCUGCACCUCGCCCUCUCUGCUGUUGCCAAAGGACUUCCUUAA